UAUUUUUAAAAAUUAAGCAAUCGCACUAUUUGCCAACGCUGAGCACUGAGAUCUGCAAUAUACUCGCCCAGUGGCUUUUGUAUCGUAUCAUGGCGGACAGGUAUGAGGGCGACUACGGGUCUAGAUUUGGAGGCCAUCGAGAUCACUAUGGCAAGCCUUCUAGACCAAUGCCCACAGAGCCACCUUUCACAGCAUUCGUAGGGAACCUCCCUGAUGGUGUUGUGCAGAGCGACAUUGAUGAGAUCUUCCAUGGCAUCAGGAUCAAGAGCACCCGCCUUGUGAGAGACAAGGAGACUGACAAAUUCAAAGGCUACUGCUAUGUGGAGUUCUUUGACCUUGACUCCCUGAAAGAGGCUUUGGAGUUUGACUCAGCUGAUCUUCAGGGCCGAUCGCUGCGAGUGGACAUCGCUGAGGGUCGGCGGAACGACCGUGGUGGAGGAUUCGGCAACAGGCGGGGUGGACCAGGUGGAGGAGGAGGUUUUGACCGUGGUGGAGGUUUUGACCGGGGUGGUGGAGGUUUUGACCGGGGUGGUGGCCGAGGGGGUGGACCAAGGGACGGUGGGCCGCCUCGAUACGGAGAUAGAGGAGGCCGGCCAGGAGACCGUGGAGGCUUCCGUGGAGGCUUCUCGGACCGGCCCAGCGACCGCGACUUUGACAGGGGCCCACCCGGAGGAGGUGCUGGUGGUGCCGGCGGCUUCAACAGAGGACCACCCCCACCUCGUGGUGAUAGGCGGCCUGCAGACAGCGAGGAGUUCCGGGAGCCCACAGCAGAAGAGCUGUCCAACCGCCCACGGCUGAAGUUGCUGCCGCGCACAGUCCGUGCUCCAGUGAAUGAUGUUGCCGACACGUCGAACCGCUCGAGCAUCUUUGGUGGAGCCAAGCCUCGGGACGAGAAGGAGUACGAGAAGGGGCGCAAAACUUCCGAAGGCGAUGCUGACUAACCACCGCUCCUAGAAAACUCAGCAUGUUGUGUUUAAAGCUAAGCCUUGUCUUUUUUUUUGUGUGUGGAUUGAGAGUUUUGUACUCUGUGAUUAAGAAUAAAAACGGCGUACUGGAAAACUGGG